GAAGUUGGAGGGCACGGACUCCGGAGGCGUCACCCGCGGGAGGUCCCCUCUGCACCGGCCGGCUGCGGGCGCGGCUCUGAUGGCGCACGAGCGUGGCGGCGCCGCGUCGUCCGCCGCGGCUCCCGCCACCGAGGAGGAUGCGCUGUGAGUCUGUGUUGCCCAAAUCCCUAGGUCCGUGUAUUCCUAGUAGACGUUUCAGUCACGCUUCUGGUGUCACUUGAUCUGAAGGCCGUGGCGAUUGCAGCGAAAUUCAGGGUCCUUCUCUUGUUAGUGUCGUGAUGCGUUCAGUGUAGUCGAAAAUUUGGUGGUUCACUUGGGCUCUGGCAUUGCGAUGUAGUACUAAAUUUUGGGCGUAUGCAGGGAAUUGAGACUUUGAGAGAAGGGAAGAGAAGAGCACAGGUGAUGUUUGCUUGUGGUAUCCCUCCAGUUGGUAUUAAUUCAUAAAAUUGGCCGUGUACAUCCAAACCGGAUGUAGAGGCCAGGUUUUAAUCCAUCUUCUAGUAGAAAAUUUAAUUCAUAAAAUGAGGAGUAUAAGCAAGGGUGACAUGGUGUCCAUUAAGGCAUUAAUACAGGGUCACUUAGUUGAGCUGACUUAGCAUUCACAUGAUUCUUCUAUGACAUUGUUCUAAUGUUGAUUUGUCUCGAUGCCUUCAGGAUGUAUAAUUCUUCUUUCAUGUAGGUUUAUUGACUUGCUACAUGAAGCUCCUCUCUCUGGUCAUCGAGAGCCUAGAAGCAUUGUUGGUGGCACCUUGUACUGUAUCUUGUUGGUUAUGCUGCUGUGGCAGUGUCAGCCCCAUGGAUAUUUUACCUUGUACCAGACAUGAUCCCCCCAUUGCUAUGCAGCUCCAAUGUUAUCAUUCUGAUUCUAACAGGUAUUUUUCAACAAUAUUGGGUUCACCAGGUCAGAAAAGUGAGAUUGCAGGGGUAUUACGAUUUUAGUGAGAAAUUGAAGCGCCUUGCUCAACUUCCAUUUGCCACCGUUGCUAGUGGCGUUGCUUCAAUGCUCUUAAUCAUAGUCUGGCAACCUCUAGUACACAUACUAUCGGUUUCUUUAUUGCUAAGGAUUGCUAUUGUGGUUGAAGCUAUAUGUGCUGGAUGUUUCAUGAGCUUAUACUUAUGGCAUAUCCACAAGUACAACUCUCUGAAUGGGCACCCUGAUAUUUUGCGGUCCUUAUAUUCUGCACUCCAACUCCAACCAUCUAGUUCUUUGGAAGAACGAAGGUAUUAUGAUGGUCGUUUUUCUGACCAGCAAAUGGCUCUGCUUCAGUACCAAAGGGAGAAUAUUCAUUACCUGAGUGAGGAGGUGCUCCGCUUGCAAGAAUGCUUAAGCAAAUACCAGAGAACUGAUGUUGGGAGCACUCCUCAGGCCGAUCUUGCUCAUCUAUUAGCAUCGCGUGAUCAAGAACUUAGAGCACUCUCCGCUGAGAUGAAUCAAGUGCAUUCAGAGCUUCAACUUGCACGUAGUCUGAUUGAUGAAAAGGACUCAGAGAUCCAGCGCAUUCGUGUGAGCAAUAAUCAGUAUAUUGAAGAAAAUGAUAGACUCAGAGCCAUUCUUGGAGAAUGGAGCGCUCGAGCAGCAAAGCUUGAAAGAGCACUGGAGGCAGAGCAAAUAUCGAGCAUUGAAUUACGGAAGAACAUUGCAAAACUCCGAGGGCAGACUUACAAGGAUCAAAACACCUGAUCUCCCUUGUUUUCAGGAUAUAUUCACCUAUGGCGAUGUUUGAGCAGGUUUAUCAACUCUUCAGCUGCUAAAGGUGCCACCUGUGAUAUCCUUGAAUUCCAAACCUCUAGUGAUAAGAAGAGUGCCAACACAGUCCAGUUUCGCUAACAACAAAGCAAGGUACAAGAUCAUCACUCAAUCUGAUAUGCAUCAAGGAAAGGAAAAAUGCCUUUGCUACACCUCUCUCGUGAAUGUACAGAUUGAUGUUUGUAAAUGUUGUUCGAGAGUAUGGUGCAGCACUGGUUUUUUGUGCUUCUACCUGAUGCUUCUACAAUGACAUCUUAUCAUGGCAAGAGUUGUGCAUUGUUUUCUGAGCACUUGCGAAAUGAAAAGUGAGCAUUUGUGCCUAAGCUCCCCCAAAAAGGUAUAUCAGACUUCUAAUUUCUUCUGAGUUGAGAGUAUCAAAUCUGUACUGCAGUCUGAGAUGCUUUGCUACCCUUUGAUUCAGUUUGCUUUGCUAUCUUAGA